UCGCGUAGCUGUCGUGAAGUUAUCACUAGUUCCUUUAGUAGCGCUUCUGACUCUAGUUAUGCAUGGACCCCCCUACAUUUCAAGUAGUAUUUUUUUAAAACAAUAGAUAGUCGGAACAAUGACACAAAAUCAUUUGCCGGGGAUGGAGACGUCCGCAAUAUCUGUCCUGAAGCGAGCGGUAGAGCUGGACCACAGCGAGCGUUUUCAGGAGUCUCUGAUCUGCUACCAGGAAGGCAUUCAGCUGCUCAUCGACGUGUUGAAAGCCGUGAAAGAUGACUCGAAGAGAGGACACUACAGGGAGAAGAUAAAGGGCUACAUGGACAGAGCAGAACAAAUCAAAGUUCAUGUGAACCAGAUGAAAGAAGAUGGAAAGUACCACGAGCAGAUACGAAUAUCGGAGGAUGCCACUGGCUACAGCUACGAGGCGCUGUUCAAGCCCUACAUCAGCAGCGCUCUCACAGAGGUCUGGGUGGAGGACCCGUACAUACGACACACGCACCAAUUGUACAACUUCCUGCGCUUCUGUGAGAUGCUGCUAAAAGCCUCCUGCAAGGUCAAACAGAUCCAUCUCCUCACUUCACAGGAUGAAGGUGACAGCAGCCAGCAGAGCAGCGCUCUCGCAGAGCUGAAAGAGAGUCUCAGUGCUCGUCAAGUGACUCUGGAUCUGCAGUACUCCUCCACUAUCCACGACAGGGAGAUCAGGUUCAAUAAUGGUUGGAUCGUAAAAAUAGGAAGAGGGUUGGAUUACUUCAAGAGACCUAAGGGAAGAUUCUCCAUUGGAUAUUGUGACUAUGACCUGAGACAGUGCAAUGAGACGACCGUAGACAUUUUCCACACCAAACACACAAAAACUCUGUGAGACGUACAAAGCUUGUUUUUUUUUUUUUUUUUUUCCUGAAGUUGAUUUUAUUACUUACCUGCUCUCCACACACACACACACACACACACAUACAGGGUUGUUGGAUUUGCUUUAGCAUAAAAGUUACAUGGGGUUAAACUUAUAACAAGCGGUUUUACUAUUUCCAGUUUGUCUUAAACACAUCUCUUUGGUACAUGUUUAAGAUGUUUAUUUUUAUGGGUAAUGUGUGCACAAGAGUAUCUUUUUAUUUAAUAUUUUUAUAUCUUAAUUUUGUUUUCCUAUGAUGCCUCUUAUGUGCUUUUGUAAACUCUCUUAUAAUUAUGGUUGUCUCUACAGAAGGCCAUUUUUAUGAUGCUCCACCGCCAUCUAGUGGACGAAAUCAUUUUUUCCCUCUAAAAUGAUUUUCUCAUAAAAGUAUUUGAUAUUACCAUGUGUCUGUUGCACUACUUAAAUGCGCCAUCUUAAGAUCUUGCCCACUUCCUGCAUAUUCAGUGCCUUUCAUUUGAACCAAUUUGAUAAUAACAAUUAGUUCUUCGAGAUUCAUAACUUUUAAAUCUGACUAGAAAUAACUUUAACCCAGUGAAGAAGCAUUUCAGUGAGCCGACUGCAGCAGAUUGUACAAGAUUAAAUAUGUCAUGUAUUAUUUUAUUUAUCAUGAAGUAGACCUUGACUUAGAGACUUGUGAUGAAUGACUGGAACUGACACUGUGUUUGCUACCUGAGUCCUUACUGCAUGUUACUUGUAUUUGAAACGAACUGACCUACAUGUUUUUAUCUUGAAAUUGAAAUUAAUAAAAUGAAAUAACAGUUUAA